UGAGAGAAAAAAUCUGCUCAGAGUUUGAAGGAAACUUUUCUUGUGUCGCUUCGAACUUUCUUUUUGUCAUCAUGUCCGGCGUCGCGAGCACUGUGGCGAAGAAACGGGCCCUGGCUGCGGGCUUCGGAACCAACGCUAAGGCGGUUCCGUACCUGAACCAGAACUUUUCGGUUCUGCGGGCUCAGUGUCUGAGCUCCGGGCAGCUGUUCUGCGACCCGACUUUCCCGGCCGGAUCGGAGUCUCUGGGCUUCAAAGAGCUGGGGAGGAACUCCUACAAGACCCGAGGAGUGACCUGGAAGAGGCCCACGGAACUCGUGAAACAACCUGAGUUCAUAGUGGGCGGAGCCACCAGGACUGACAUCUGUCAGGGAGCUCUGGGUGACUGCUGGCUGUUGGCCGCCAUCGCAUCACUGACACUGAACGAGUAUGUGAUGGCCCGAGUCGUUCCGACGGACCAGGGCUUUGGUGAUGACUACGCUGGGAUUUUUCACUUUCAGUUUUGGCAGUUUGGCGAGUGGGUGGACGUGGUGAUCGACGACCGGCUGCCCGUUAAAGAUGGAGAGUUGAUGUUUGUGCACUCGGCAGAGGGUCGAGAAUUCUGGAGCGCUCUGCUGGAGAAGGCCUACGCCAAAGUGAACGGCUGCUAUGAGGCAUUGUCCGGCGGUUCCACCACUGAGGGCUUUGAGGAUUUCACCGGAGGGAUUGCAGAAAACUACGACCUCCAGCGGGCACCAUCAAACCUCUUCCAGAUCAUUAAGAAGGCCCUGGAGGCGGGAGCGCUGCUGGGCUGCUCCAUCGACAUUACAAGUGCUGCAGACUCUGAGGCGGUUACGCGACAGAAGCUGGUGAAAGGCCACGCCUACUCACUGACUGGUGCCGUGGAGGUUAACUAUCGAGGCCGUAAGGAGAAGCUGGUGAGGAUGAGAAACCCAUGGGGUCAGGUGGAGUGGACCGGAGCCUGGAGUGAUGGGUCAUCUGAGUGGAACUACAUGGAUGGAGAGUGUCCACAUGCCAAUGCAGAGGACGGGGAGUUCUGGAUGUCCUUCAACGAGUUCCUGCAACACUACUCUCGUAUCGAGGUGUGCACUCUGACCCCCGACGCCAUCAUCGAUGACUCCAUCAAACACUGGAGCGUCAGCAAGUUUGACGGGAGCUGGAGGAGAGGUUCCACUGCCGGAGGCUGCAGGAAUCAUCCCUACACAUUUUGGAUGAAUCCUCAGUUUGUCAUCAAGCUGGACGAGGAGGAUGAUGACCCUGAUGAUGGUGAGGAAGGCUGCAGCCUCGUGAUUGGUCUGAUCCAGAAGAACCGCAGGAAGCUGCGUAAACAAGGCGAGGACAUGAACACCAUCGGCUACGCCAUCUACGAGGUUCCACAACAGUUUCACGGCCAGAGGGAGGUCCAUUUGGACAAGAACUUCUUCUUGAGCCACGGCCAGAAGGCAAGGUCAGAAACCUUCAUCAACCUGCGUGAGGUCAGCACUCGCUUCAAGCUGCCGCCUGGCGAGUACCUGAUCGUCCCGUCCACCUUUGAGCCGCACAUCAAUGGAGACUUCUGCAUCCGCGUCUUCUCCGAGAAGCAGUCAGAGACCGCGCCCUGUGACGACCCCGUCAGUGCUGACCUGCAAGACGACGCGGUGUCUGAGGAGGAUGUGGAGGCCGGGUUCCGAGGCCUCUUCUCCAAACUAGCCGGAGACGACAUGGAGAUCUCUGCAGUGGAACUAAGGACCAUCCUGAACAAGAUCGUCUCCAAACGGACGGACAUUAAAACGGAUGGCUUCAGUAUGGAGACCUGCAGAGUGAUGGUCAACCUGAUGGACAACAGUGACAACGGGAAGCUUGGCCUGGCGGAGUUUGCGACACUGUGGAAGAAAGUGCAGCGAUACCUGUCCAUCUAUAAGAACAACGACACCGAUAACUCGGGCACCAUGAGCACGCCGGAGAUUAGAGUUGCCUUCAAAGACGCAGGUUUCACGCUGAACAACACCAUCUACCAGCUGCUGGUGGCUCGCUACGCCGAACCCGACAUGACCAUCGACUUUGAUAACUUCGUGGGCUGUCUGAUCAGACUGGAGAUGAUGUUCAGGAUCUUUAACAAAAUGGACGACGGCAGCGGCUCCAUCGAGCUGAACUUCAGCCAGUGGUUAAACUUCUCCAUGAUCUGAGCCGCCGCCUCUCCUCACAGUGCCACCGAGGCUUCAUAUUGUCAACGCCAUGGUCCUACUUCCAUGUUUGCUCCUCAUCAUUUUUCUCUUCUUUAUGUGUAUGGCUCACAAACGUAAAUGAAUUCAAUAAAUGUACCCUGAAAAUC